CUGGGUAAGUUCUGAAUCGCCGCCGUUCUGUUGGAGGCCUCCACAAAUGUUUCGAGACUGUAAAAAGAAGAUGAAGGAAUACUGCAAUAGGACAGUGAGAAAAUAAGAACUUAUGGUACGUAGAUGUUACAAGUUUUAGCUGCAAUUUUCCCCAUUAUUAACUCAUGUAUCUCUGAUAGACAUCGUAAAUUGUUAUAGUGAUGCCCCCUCUAUGCAUCUCUGAUAGACAUCAUAAGUUGUUACAGUGAUGCACUGUAUUUAAAAUUCUCGCACCAGGAUUAAGGUGGAAGUUUCAGCUUACUAAUCUACAGGAGCAUCAUGGACAGUUGUUUAAAGUAAGUAUUUUGAAAUAUCUGCUGAGAAGGGAAGAAUACUUGCAUUAGGGAAGCUUUUCGGAGAAGCCAUUUCACUCCUAUGAUAUGAGCCACAGGUUUGACAUCACAAAGUGCUGUGAACAACUUUAGAGAGAAUAAGAUGCUUUUGUACUUGUCUACGGACACAAAUGUUAGACAUUUUGAAGUCACCAGUAAAGUGAACAAUCAUGGGAAAGGGAGGAAACAUAAGUUUGAUACUGGAAUGAAGGAUUUGUUCCUUUAAUAUUCUUCCACUUUGGACGUAGCUCUUGCUUCCUUCUUCUCUACUACUCUUUCUGCAAGCCAGACAGAAAUGGUUACGAAAUUCCUGAAGGACAUUUAACAUUGACUUUGUCCUAUAAAAUGCUUUUCUUUGUAUGUUUGCAGCAACGGGUAAGAGAUAAUUCCCUAAUGUAACAAACAAAUGAGCAGCACUCCUAUGAAAAGCUCGAGGCAGUAUGAGGCAGAGUGCAGAUACUUGUAUUCAUUUUUCUCUGGAAACGGUGGAAGUGAUGGACAGAAGCUUGUGGAGAUAUUUUCCCGGAGGUCGCAAGAGCUCAAGGCCAUUUGCCAGACAUACAGUGUUCUAUAUGGUCAUGAUCUUCUUAGGGUCAUCACAAGCAAUCAAAAGAGCAGUGCAUUUACUAAAUUGGCUUAUCUGCGCAUGAGUGAUCCUCAGAGCCGUGAUGCUGAGAUUCUGAGAAAAUCACUUGGGGCAGGAAGCAUCAGUCUGGGCACGCUGAUUGAGAUAACAUGCACCCGUUCCUCAUCAGAGCUGCAUGACAUUAAGCAGCAGUAUCAUUCUCGAUAUCAAUCUGAUCUUGAACGAGACAUCUCCAUGAAAGUCAGCGGCGGAUUUAAGGAGAUACUAGCUGCAAUAUGCAAGUCAUGUCGCAACCAUACCCACAAAGCGGACACAAGCCUGGCCUUUUGUGAUGCUAAGACUCUGUAUGAAUCUGUGGAGAGUGGAAGGACCAUUGAUCAGAAGACCAUCGUUUCACUUCUGAGCCAGCGAAACACAUCUCAAGUUAAAGCCAUUCUACUCUCCUACAAGCAGCUAUAUGGGCACGAAUUCUCCAAGCUGAUCAAGCAAAGCAAGUGUGGCCAAUUCGGUCGAGAUCUUCGCAUAGUGAUCAGAUGCAUUCAGAACCCCGAGAAGUUUUUCGCGAAACAGCUGAGGAUGAGGAAUGCCGAUGCUAGAGAGAUUCUUGUGCGAAUCAUCGUCACUCGCUCGGAAAAGGACAUCAAAGACAUAAACAGGGCCUUUUCGGCUAAAACGGGGAGCUCUCUCGAGUACCUUGUGAGAAGGGAAUUUAACGGUGUCAAAGAGAAGGCCAAUGAAACUGUGGCGGCCAUCUUACUUGAGCUUAUCAGGGGCUAAAAUGUUAAAUGUAAAACUUAUCUGGGUAAAUAUCAUAAGAAUAGUACUGGGAUCAAACGUGCUAAUGAAAUUUAGAACCCGGCUACUGGACUAUUUCCUCAA